AUGGAGGAGAUAAAGUCAACGACUCGACGCCUGACUAAAAAACCCCCGCCUGGAAGUUUGGCUGCCGCGAACCUGAACCUGAACCUCCCUACCUUCGACACGCAGUCCAUCCGUAGCAGCAGCUCUAGCAGUCUCCGUCGAUCCCCAUCUUUGCAAACCCGCAGGGAUUCAUCGAGAAAAUCUUCGUACGGCCACGGCCGCAAAAAUACCUCUCCUAAUCCCGCCGCCUACGCCUCCACGACCGCCUCCGGCUCUUCGAACUCCUCCCUCGAGCGCUCCCUAUCUAAAUCGGCACGCUCUCCGCUGCUGGGAAACUACGAGUUUGGCGCGCCGUCUGGUCAGGGUGGAGGCCAGGGCAAAUCAACAUCGCCUGUGUUGAGCGAGAAAUCAUCUUCGGAAUUUCCUAGGGCUCCAUUCGACGGUUCCGGCACCUCUACCACUCAAAUCGAUUCGACCAAAGCCUCGAGCUAUCAAAACUCUCUGCGCCGUCCGCCCCCACUAUCAGAGUCCCGAAUGUUGAGCCCAACUUUAAGACAAUCUGCAAGCUUUACAGCAGGAGACAAGAUGAGCGAGAAAACACCCCCACGCGUCAGCGAGAACCAACUCAUCAGCCCUAAGCGAUACUCGGACGAGAGCAGAGAGCCCAAGGCAGGCAUGUUGAGGAAGAAGUCGGGUUUUUCGGGCUUCAUGAGCAGCAUUGGAGUAGGGUCCCCUCGAGGUGUGAAGAUAUCCGCGCCGGAAAAUCCAGUACACGUCACACACGUAGGAUACGAUAAUCAGACGGGACAAUUCACAGGCUUGCCGAAGGAAUGGCAGCGAAUGAUCAACGACAGUGGGAUUACGAAGAAGGAGCAAGAGCAGAACCCCCAGACCAUAAUCGACGUCGUUGGCUUCUACAAGGAAAACGCCGACAAGGGAGGAGAUGAAGUAUGGGACAAAUUUGAAAACGCAAAGGUGCCUGAGCUUCGAGUCGGCACCUCGACACCAGGACCCCUAUCUCCAGCGAUUAUACCAAACUUUGGGCAAUUGACAAGUCCACCUGCGAGUCCACGAUUCCCUUCUAACCACGAGACAAGCUUCGAAAACCCAAGAUCACCCCCGCCCGUGCCACGACCAGGUCAAACGCUUUCGCCCAAAGAUUUCAAUACCAUAGUCCCCUCUCGUCCGGCGCCUAGGCCACCUGUUGCGUUCCCGGCGAGAGCAGCUCCUGCUCCUCCUCAACUUGGAAAGGAUUCAGGCAUUGGGAUGUCUCGAAAAAGCGAAGAUUUACCAGCUUUGACCUACGUCCCUCCUCCUGAAUCUUCUCCAAUGCUUCCCGAAGAGCAUCGCUCCAGAUCCAACUCCAAAGCCAAUGGCGCAUCUCCACACGCUGCAUCCACUCAGGUCGCUUCCCCUCAAACAGUUUACCCACAGCAACUGAUGCAGCAGCAAGAAAGUGCUGUGCACCAAGCACAACAGUUCUCCUUGGCCCGUGCCCCAAGCAAACGCCAACAGCAGCAGCAACUACCAACUCCACCAACUUCUCAAAGCCAUUUCCAACAGCCACCAAACGUCAAUGGAGUACCACAUCCAAAUCAACAAGCCAGAGCUGCCCCAGGCCCUCGGCCUCGGCAACGUCCUCGACAGAGCGCCGGGUUUGACGUUGUUGCCCGUCUGAAGCAAAUCUGUACCGAAGGUGACCCAAGAGAAGUCUACAAGAACCUGACAAAGAUUGGUCAAGGAGCUUCAGGGGGUGUGUUCACUGGCUAUGAGCGAGGAACGAAUCGCCUGGUCGCUAUUAAGCAGAUGAACUUGGAGCAACAGCCAAAGAAAGAUCUGAUUAUCAACGAGAUCAUCGUGAUGAAGGAGAGCUCACACCCGAACAUUGUCAACUUCAUUGAUAGCUUUCUGGUCACCGGUGAAUUGUGGGUGAUUAUGGAGUACAUGGAGGGUGGCAGCUUGACGGAUGUUGUGACUUUCAACAUCAUGACCGAAGGUCAAAUCGCAUCUAUCUGUAGAGAAACUCUGAAGGGCUUGCAGCAUCUUCACUCGAAAGGCGUCAUCCACCGGGAUAUCAAGUCGGACAAUAUCUUGCUUUCGAUGGAUGGAAACAUCAAGCUCACUGAUUUCGGUUUCUGUGCUCAAAUCAACGAAGCUCACAAUAAGAGGACCACCAUGGUCGGCACGCCCUACUGGAUGGCCCCUGAGGUCGUAACACGCAAGGAGUACGGCCGCAAAGUCGAUAUCUGGUCCCUUGGAAUCAUGGCCAUCGAGAUGAUCGAGGGGGAGCCACCUUAUCUCACCGAAUCGCCAUUGCGAGCUCUCUACCUGAUUGCCACGAACGGGACACCCACAAUCAAGGAUGAGCAUGCUCUGAGCCCAGUUUUCAAGGACUUCCUGUACUUUGCGCUCAAGGUCGACCCAGAGAAGCGAGCCAGUGCUCAUGAUCUGCUCCGCCACCAAUUCAUGGACUCAUGCGCAGAUCUAAUGCAAUUAUCCCCUCUCGUCCGCGCCGCACGAAACGCCCGCGCGCAGGAAAAAGCACAAAAGGCAGCAGCCUCCUAA